UCGUUGACUAACAAUAACUAACUGGCUCAUAGCGGACUUAAUAGACCAAAGGGUUUGUACAUGCUGCAAAACAGAUGAAGGCGAAGCUAUCGAGGUCAAGACCGUGUAUCUGCAAAGUAAGACAAUACAUAGUAAACACAAAAUGCAGUCAACUUGAAAGAAUGACUCUUCUAUCUAGCCGCUUUUAGAAUGGUAAAUUAAGUAGCUGGUUGUUGUGAAAAGUACUGAUCAGUUUACGACCAUUGUUUUUACUAUGGCAGUUAUUGACCAGCAGUUUGUGCAGUUUCUCAAGACUCGACCUGCUCAAAGAACAGAUUUGGAGCUGCGCUACAUUUGCUACUGUCUGCAAACUUUACAGCCAGUUCGAAAUGUGAGUCACGCUGCGCUGAAUGCUCUGAGUAGGACAGUGUAUUACGAUUACCGUGACCAGGGCACGAAUGUGUACAACGCUAAAGAUGUGGCAACUUGCUGGUUCAUUCUGCUAAGUGGAACUGUUUACGUCCAGACACCGGAAGGUUUCCAGACGUUCAAACCCAAUGACUCUUUUGGAACUGAAGUUACAGAAGAUGGACGUAGAGGGUACGCUUGUUAUGCUCUUGAGUUCUCAGAAUUUAUUGUCAUCGAUUUUCCGAAUAAAAAUAUCUGCCCAUAUACUAGCGCGGAAACGGUUGCCUCAAAGAUCAGGGCUAAAGGGUAUGCAGCCCCAGCUUCAAGUCAUCAAUACUCGUACCUAUCUCAAUCACAAGUGUACGCCAGCAAAAUUGGCUCAGAAUCUAUAGCCAGUCAGCUCUCGCAAAAUCAUUCGCAAGGUGUGUACGAACAAGCUAAAGCCUGUAACGCAGGUGCUUAUCUAAACUUGGAGCUAGUUACGCCUAGAAACAAACCACCUUUGCCACCACAUAGACCCAGGCCAAAUUCAUACAACAACAGACUUUCAAUGUCAUCAAAUGGCAGCUCUUUUCAAACAUCAGAUGGCGAGUCUCUGGGAUCGAACCCGAAAUUAGACGACUACCAUGUAUAUAGUCAUGUGAGUAAACCCAUGGAGCCUGUGUAUUAUUGCUCGCCGCCUGAAGAGGAAUUAUACGCUGAGAUUCAUUAUUACGACGCAUGUUUUGACGAACUGAAGAUCCUUAAAAAGUCUCCUGUUGACCGAAGUUUUGAUGACGUGAAACUUCUUGCUGAUUUUUUACAGCAUUUCAGUGCCUUUUCUAGCAUGAGUUUCGAAAUGAGAUUAGACUUUUCAUAUGUUAUGAAAUAUGCACACGUUGAGGACAAAAAUAAAGUCAUUUUGGCAAGCGGGGAGAAGUUGGACUCGUGGUGUGUUGUGAUUAACGGUCAGUGUGUUAAUAUAAAAGAAGAUGGGUCUAGAAAAGUCUUCACUACGGGUCAGUUUUUUGGGCUGGAUAGAAAACAACCGACUCCUCAAUUUCACAUGGGAACUAUGGUAACGUUAGAGCGUGAUUGCCAGUUUGUCGCAAUUCCAGAGAAAGAUUUCUUUGAAGUGGUCCAGAAACAUAGUCAGUAUGAAAGAAUUUUGUGCGAUGGAAGUAACAGACCUGUGUUAGUAACAGAAGCACGUGAUUUGACAAAUUACAAGAUCGAAGUCGAAAAUUUAGUUGUGAAAAUGGGGGAACCUACUAGACUGGUAUCCCAUUUAGUUGAAGAUCACUCGGCCUCAGAAACGUCUUAUGUCGAAGACUUCUUAUUGACUUACAGGACUUUUAUUAAAGAUCCAACGUACGUGUCUGAGAAACUUGAAAAGUGGUUUAAUGAUCAGAGUUCAACAUGCAUGCGAGAUCGAAUCGUUCGAGUUGUUUUCUGCUGGGUAGCUAACCAUUACAUUGAUUUCGAAGCCAGUUCAAGUCUAAGUUUCUUUCUAGAAAAAUUCUACGACAAACUGCAAACAGAAGGUAAAACAAAAGAGGGUUCAAAUUUGGUCAAAAUAUGCGGUAAAAAGGGGAAAAUGAGAAAAGUCGAGCUUGAUUCAGUUAUGAGGCGGGACGAACUACCAUUUAAUCUUAUGACUCCGUUCGGCGGCAAAGGAGCGUACAUCAAAACGUUCAAACAAAAGGUCGAAGGUCUGAAAGUAGGGGAUCACGUGAUUGCAGUUAAUAACAAAAACGUCGAGAACCUUUCAUUCAAAGAGGCGAUAAGUAUUAUUGCUUCACAGGAAUAUUGUUGGUUAACAGUCAAGCAUCAUGUUUUGGGAAUGAAACGAAGCACAAGUAAGCAAAACUCACAUCCAAGUGAUUCGAUUGACGGAGGAAAAACUUCUGGUUUUUUAACUGGAUCGCGAGAUUUACUUGGCAAAAAUGAAUCAAGCUGUGUUCCAGUUAUUAAUAAAGGAAGCGACCCCUCGGAGCAGUCAAAAAAUUCCAGGCGUCUGGAAAGGUCUAAGCUAAAAAGACGCUUCCCAUUCUUUCCUCCAAACCCAUUAACUAAGAUGCUUAAUAAUUCAACCAGUAAUCCUGAUGUUUCAAAUUUGAACGGUUCCAUAAAAAUUGACGAGGCUUCUGACUUCGCGCUGAAAAUUUACACAGCUGAGCAGCAGUAUAAGUACCUAAGUUUUUCAGAGCUGACAUCAAUUCGACAUAUUGUCAAUAAAGCUGUGGAUGCAUUUGAGUUACAUAAUGCGAACGAUUAUGUUUUAUGCCAUGUUGAGGUUUCGACUACAGGAAUGGUCAAGCAAACACGCCUCGCAGAACAGCAUAAAGAUAUUAUCGACAGAAUCAGACCUGCUAGUAGAUUUUAUGUUAAACCUGUAAAUUUAUCCGAAAGAUUACUGCCUCAAGAAUCAAUAUCUGAGCUUCAAAAAGAGGCGAAAGUACAAUUUUUAGAGCUUAAACCUCUAGAACUUGCAAUACAAUUGACGUUGCGAGACUUAGCCGUUGUACAGAAAAUAUUGCCGCAUCAAUAUGUAGAAAUGCUAUGGAAGCUACCCCCGAAAGAUCUGAAGUAUCAAAGCUACACCACAAUUGAUGAUUUUACAGAUUUGUCUAACAAAGAAAUGUUCUGGGUUAUUCACACAAUAUGCAGUGAAAAAAGUCUUAGUAAACGGGCUAAAGUGGUGAAACAGUUUAUAAAAAUAGCAAAGUUCUGCCGAGAAUUGCGAAAUUUCAACUCAAUGUUUGCAAUUUUGAGUGGGUUAGGACAUAACUGUGUUUCAAGACUAGACUUUACUUUAGAGAAAGUCCCUUCAAGAGAAGCAAAAUUAAAGUCAGUCCUAGACGAAGUCUUAGACCCUUCACGUAACAUGGCCAAAUAUAGAAACCUACUUACUGCUUACAAAGGUUCGACCCCUGUUAUACCGAUAUACCCCAUUUUAAUCAAAGAUCUUACCGUUUUCCAUUUGGGAAACGAAUCUAAAAUUGAUGAUCUGAUUAAUUUUGAAAAGCUUAGACUGAUUAGCAAAGAAAUCAAAUGCUUUUAUACGUCCAUUUCGUCCAAUCCGGAUCGAGAUUUUUUGAAGUCUUUAGUUACGAAACCAAGUAAAGUAAUUGCUAAUGCAGAGCAGAACGGACUAACAAGUCACGAGAGAGAAAAUUCAAGAUCUGUAACCGAUGUUAGCAUGCAAGCACCUAUGGCUCAAAGAAACGGAAUUCUCCACAAGUCGCGAAAAUCAUUACUUCUGGGAAGCAAUAACCCGAAGCGAAUUUACGAAGAAAUUCUCAUGUGCAAAAGGGUUGAGCAGUAUAUCAAAAACCUAUCAGUCAUAUCGGAUGAAGAACUGCUUCGUAACAUGUCGGUUGAGUGUGAGCCGGAUGAUUAUGAAUCUGAAGUAGAAUCGAUGCCAACGCCGGCUCCUCUGCCAAAAGCUUCUGUGGACAACCAAAAAAGUGAAGAAACUACUUCAACGUUUUCGGACAAUAUUUCAAUCAGAUCGCAAGAAGUCUCAAAAAAUCACUACGAUAUCGUGUCGUCGGACGGUGAUAGCAUAAUGUCGGAUCCUUGUAAGAAGAAUAAUGUAAAUGAUGUAAGUAAGAAGAACAUGUCAAAAUCAAACGCUGAUUUGGUUCUAAACGUUCAAAUAGAAGAUACAUCGCCUCGCAUAUCAUUCGUGGGUCCCUAUCAUCAUCAGACAUUCCGAAAUCCCCUCCAAUGUGCAGUCCCAAGUCCAAAUGAGUUGCAGUUCGAAAGGAUGUCUGUAGCUUCCAGUUCCAGUCCUGGAUCCAAACUGGCUGCAGUGACGCAGCUGAAUUCGACGUCACGGGACUCAUUAAGUUCGGCUUCUUCGUCCAGUUCAAGGUCGAAAUCGACUUCAAGAGUCGAUGACAGGACGAUGAGGAUCCCAGCGACUCCCUCAUUUGCUACUAACAAACAGAUUCCAGUAAAACAUUCCGCAACUAGCAGUUCGUCCCCUCCUAUUCAAAACAACCUAGUUAUGCCUAAUAGAGGUAGUUUCAACCUUGAGACGUCCCAGAAAUCAAACUUUGUCUACCAGUCUUAUCCACAGCCGACUGUUGGAUUAGGCAACCACGGAUCCAAGUCGAUGGCUCAGAUAAGCUAUGCGAGAAGUAUGAGUUUACUCGGACCACCACCGGCUGGUAGCAAACCAAGUGCUAUUUUCAACCCCGCCACUGCGCUUCCCCCAAAACUCGUUUUGUCAUCUGAUGGUGCGCUGAGACCUAAUAUAAAAUCCAUGUCGAAUGAUAGAGAUCUUAAUUUGUAGAUGAUAGUAUCUUUGAGCUUAAAUAUUUCAAAUUUCCUUAUCUUUUUUGAAAAUAUUUCAAUUAGCUUA